AUGCUGGCCCAGAGAUUCGAUGGGAUCUUCACGAUCCUCCUUUACUUAUCCAUCGCCAUUUCUAUUCUCGUCCCUUCAUACCGAACCUCGACUGCGGUGAGAGCCGAAUCAUUGGACUCGGAGCUCGAGUCUCCGCACAGCGAGCAGGAGAAGCACAACUACUGGGCGCAGGGUGGAAAUGACAUUGUUCACGAGAUAUGGUCGGUGUUGCGGGACUUUGAACCGACAUGGAAAGACAGCGUGGUUCCGGCACAACCUUCUGGCCUCCUGGGGACGGUCUGGCAUUACACGAGAAUCAUCUUCCGCGCGUUGUUCAUGAAUACUCCGACUCGGGACGACAAUAAUGGCCCCAAGAUCAAAGGGGACUUGAAGAAGGGAGUGGAUUCCCUCGCCAUGGCGGCCUCCUUUGACGACCCAGACGCGAUCUUCCUGCUCGCUGAGAUGAAUUUCUACGGCAACUUCUCCCACCCGCGCGACUUUGAAAGAGCCAAGUAUUGGUACCGUCGUCUGGCUGAUUUGGACGGUAAUUCCACGGCACAAUAUAUGUUGGGACUGAUGUACGGGACGGGAGUUGGCGGCCUGGAAAGAGACCAGGCAAAGGCGCUGUUAUACCACACGUUUGCCGCGGAGCAAGGGAACAUCAAGUCCGAAAUGACGCUGGCUUACAGAUAUCAUGCCGGCGUUGGGUGUUCUAGAAACUGCGACAAGGCUGUCUCUUACUACAAAAGAGUGGCAGAUAAGGCCAUAUCAUAUUGGCAUUCAGGGCCUCCUGGGGGAUACUCCUUUGUCCGCAACUCCUACCGCUGGGUCGAGGUUGAUGGAGGCAUCUACGGCGAAGGUGCAAGUGUCAGCUCUUCGGGCCCCAACGCUCCUCGAGAUGGCGUCACCGCAGCGCAUAUUGACUAUGUCCUCGAUUACCUCGACACAAAAGAGCGACAAGGUGACUUCAACGCAAUCAUCACACUAGGCAAACACUACUACGAAGCCCCUCGGGGUUACAAGCGCAACUUCCGCAAAGCACAGCGACAAUUUAUGAAAGUCGCACGGGUCUACUGGACAAAGGACGGCAAGGUGUCGGCAAAGGCACCCAAGGGUAUCGAACGUGUGGCAGGAAAAGCGGCAGCGUAUCUUGGGCGCAUGUUCCUCCGUGGCGAGGGCAUGGAACAAAACUUUGAAAAGGCUCAAAUAUGGUUCAAGAGAGGUGUUGCCCUCGGUGAUUCCUUUGCUCAAUAUCACAUGGGCUUGAUGUAUCGCGAUGGUCUAGGCGUGCCGCAGGAUGGGCUACGUGCUGGCUCAUACCUGAAGGCUGCUGCAGAACAGUCUCUCCCUUUGGCUCAAUCGGCGCUGGGAGUGCUCUUCCUGGACCAGGGGGACAUCGAGACCGCUGGACGAUAUUUUGAACUCGCGGCGGGAGCGGGAGUCAUGGAGUCGUUCUACUAUCUCGCGGAACUCACGAACCAAGGAGUCGGCCGUGAGCGCAAUUGCGGCCUGGCAGCUGCCUACUACAAGGUGGUUGCGGAAAGGGCAGAAGUCUUGCAUUCCUCCUUUGUUGAAGCCAACUCGGCUUACGAAAGAGGUGACUUUGAAAGAGCGUAUAUCGCUUCGAUGAUGGCUGCUGAGCAAGGGUAUGAGAAUGCACAAGCCAAUGUGGCGUACUUGCUCGACCACAAGACGUCGGUGAUAUCGCUACCCGACCUCAAUAUUCCUCUUCUCUCGACGACCAAAUCCGGCGCGAAAAUGAGCAAACUGCUCAACGAUCCAUACCUGGCUCUGGCAUACUUUACCCGCUCUGCCAAACAAGCCAACGUUGACUCCUUGAUUAAGAUGGGCGACUAUUAUCUCUCCCUGUCAUCGCCCACCAACGCAGCACUCACGCUUUACCCGACCGAAGACAACGGCGAAGCGAAAACCAACCUGGAAAAAGCAACAACGUGCUAUACCACGGCUGCGGAAACACAUCACUCGGCCCAAGCCCUGUGGAAUCUGGGGUGGAUGCACGAAAAUGGCAUCGGCAGCGUCUCGCAGGACUUCCACAUGGCCAAGCGCUACUACGACCUCGCGCUGGAGAUGAACAAAGAGGCCUAUCUGCCCGUGACAUUGGCAUUGGCAAAACUAAGGCUCCGAAGCUGGUGGAAUGGCGUGAGUGGUGGAAAGGUCAACGGGAUCAAAGACGACGAAGCGGAAGAGGAACAACGGCGGCCCAAGACGUGGAUCGAAUGGGUGAACAGAUUCCUGGAUGCGGCGGAAGAGAUGGACGCGCGCGAGGCAGAAGCCCUCGCGAGGGAGCGCGAUGGAGACGACGAGCUCUUGGGCUACGCCGACCCGGGGGUGGCUGGUGACGGUAACACCGAAUACGCCGAUCGAGCCGCACACGGCCACGGCCACGGCCAGCGGGGCGGAGGAGGCCCAGGCCGGGUCGAAGGCGACGUCUACGGCGCCGACGAAUGGGACGAGAUCGACGACGGCCUUGUCGAGAGCCUCAUCAUCAUCGCCCUUGCCGGCGCCCUGGCCCUGCUCGUCUACGCCCGCCAGGCCCGCCAGAGAGUUUUGGAGGAAGAGAGGCGUCAAGCUCAAGCUCAGAAUCAGAACCAGAACCAGAACCAGAACCAGGGUUUCGCCCAGGCAGCCGCUCCUCAGCACCCGCCACAGCAGCAACAACCCCACGCGAACAAUGGCGGCCAGGAUCGAGGCAUGUUCCCGCCCCCCGGGGAUCUGGACUGGAAUAAUUGGGUUGCCGGCGGGAUUGGGCAUUGA